AGUGUACUUUCGCUGGAGGGCGCUAACACAAAGCACCAGGUGGUCUGAGAUCAACUUGAGAGAGGAGGAGGCCAUUCACUAGCCUGUUUUAGCUACACACACCUAGCUACUGUUAGCUAGCCGGCGGCUAACGAGCAAGCUAAAACAUCAGUUUGUCUUAAUGUCGCCUGUUUUAUCAAGUGAUGGCAAGAGAACAGUGUUCCCCAACCGAAGCCGAACUGUAUUACCUCAUUGCCAGAUUUCUACAGUCUGGACCCUGUAAAAAAGCGGCACAGAUCCUGAUUGAGGAACUGGAGGAGUAUGAGUUGGUACCUCAACGAUGGAGUUGGGACGGAAAGAAAUACAAACGGACCUUCCAAGACUGGGUGAUUUUGAACCAGCACAUUCCAGCAGAUUAUCUGCUUCGUGUUUGUCAGCGAAUAGGCCCACUUAUAGAGAAGGAGGUCCCACCUAGUGUUCCUGGAGUCCAAACACUUCUGGGACUGGGAAGACAGUCCUUGCUUCGUACAGCCAGAAGUUGUAGCCACAAAGUUUACAAUGGCUCAGCUGUUGCUGCACUCCACCGAGGGCGUCCGCCAGAACCUCCAUUCAGCAAUGAAAAUGCUCCAAGUGUUGUGUCCAUCAUGGGUGCUCGCCAGACCACAGGUACAGCUCAUUUCAGCCAAGCCCUGCCCUCUUCCUCCUACCAACACAUGAAGAUACACAAACGUAUCCUUGGCCACCUUUCUUCAGUCUACUGCAUAGCCUUUGACCGCACUGGUCAUCGGAUAUUUACGGGUUCUGAUGACUGUCUCGUGAAAGUCUGGGCUACGGAUGACGGCCGGCUCCUGGCAACACUUCGCGGCCACUCAGCAGAAAUCUGUGACAUGGCUGUCAACCAUGACAAUACACUCAUUGCCUCAGCAAGCUGUGACAAAGUCAUUAGAAUAUGGUGCCUGCGUACCUGUGCACCUAUCACUGUUCUGCAGGCCCAUGCUGCCUCCAUCACAUCCAUACAGUUUUGUCCUGCUGUCAAAGGGACAGUCCGGUACCUGGCCUCCACAGGUGCAGAUGGCAUGGUGUGUUUUUGGAAGUGGCACUCACUUAACAUGAAAUUCAAUGAUCAACCAGUCAAGUUUGUUGAGCGGUCACGUCCAGGAGUGCAAGUCUCCACUUCCUCCUUCAGUAGUGGUGGUAUGUUCAUGGCUACUGGUGGCACAGACCAUAUGAUCAGGGUCUACUACCUUGGUGCUGAAACUCCGAUGAAGGUCUCUGAGAUGGAUGCUCACACUGAUAAAGUUGUAGUUGUCCAGUUCAGCAAUAACAGUGACAGCCUAAGGUUUGUGAGUGGCAGUCGUGAUGCUUUAGACAUGGCUGCCAGGCUGCCUGGGAGUAAUGUUGGCAAUGGAGAUGAUAAAACCAAGCUUGUGGUGACCAUGGUGGCCUGGGACCGUGCAGAUAGAACAGUCAUCACAGCUGUGUCAAACUAUCUGCUUAAAGUGUGGAGCGCAACCUCUGGACAGCUGCUGCAUGUUUUAUCUGGUCAUGAUGAUGAGGUGUUUGUACUGGAGGCUCACCCGUUUGACUCCCGCAUUAUGCUAUCUGCUGGUCAUGAUGGCAACAUUUACAUCUGGGACCUGACCAAAGGGGCUAAGAUACGAAACUUCUUCAACAUGAUUGAAGGACAAGGCCACGGUGCUAUUUAUGACUGCAAGUUCUCAGCUGAUGGGCAGCAUUUUGCUUGCACUGACUCACAUGGCCAUUUGCUCAUCUUUGGCUUCGGUUGCAGCAGACCAUAUGAGAAGAUUCCUGACCAGAUGUUCUUCCACACGGACUACCGUCCUCUUAUUCGUGACUCUAAUAAUUACGUCCUAGACGAGCAGACGCAGCAGGCCCCACACCUCAUGCCACCACCCUUCCUGGUGGAUGUUGAUGGGAAUCCGCACCCUCCUCACUACCAGCGACUAGUGCCAGGAAGAGAGAACUGCAAGGAGGAUCAACUAAUACCUCAGCUGGGAUACAUGACUAACAGUGAUGGAGAGUUGGUUGAGCAGGUACUUGGCCAGCAAACAGCAGAAAAUGGAGAAAAUCUCUUGGACAAUCUUAUUAGACAGCUGCAGAAUGAGCAGGACGAGCGGCAGAAUGCAGAGCAGCAGGCUGAAGAGGCAGGGGUCUUCUUAAAUACAGCUGGAGACAUGGGAGAAGUGGUGGCCUCCUCUCCAGUUGUUGGACUCCACAGAAGUGGGCAGAUGGGCGGUGUAUGGCAGAUGCAGUAUAACACCCUGCGCAGUCAAGUGGCCACUGAGAGGGACCUUUUGGCCUGGAGCCGCAGAGUGGUAGUCAAUGAAGUGCCACAAGGGAUAUUCAGAGUGUCGGAGGAGUGCAGACGAGCCAAAGGCGACAUGGAAUGUUCUCUAUACAAUGCAGAGAGGAGGAAGAAACCAGUGACCUGUGUGCCCAAGAGCGAGCCGCUUACUACACGGCUGCGCUCCCUGCAGUCUAAGAAAAAGCAGCAGCGCCACACCUAUCAGACUCGCUCAGCUCAAGUUCGCCGUCCUGGGAGCAGGAGUCGAAAUCUCAGCAGCCGACGUCUCAGCCACAUCAACUCCGACAGUGAUGGAGAGGCAGCAGAACAGGUGGAGCAGAGUGAUGCCUCCUCUGAUGGUGAAGCUCGGUGGCAGAGUGAAAGCAGCUCAAGUGACUCGUCCAGUGAAUAUUCAGAUUGGACAGCUGAUGCUGGGAUUAACCUUCAGCCACCAAAACGGCCAACCAGGAGGCCUGUACAGCCCCCAGAUUACAGCAGCUCUGAGGAGGAAGAAGGCAAUGACAAAGCAAAGGAGAAGAGGGAAAAUGAGAAGAGGAAGAAGCCCAAGGAAACCAAACAGAAACCCACAUCCUCUCUGGCUGGACUUGAUGCAGAGGAGUGGCUGCCACCAUCGUGGAUAAUGGACACCAUCCCACGCCACUCUCCUUUUGUUCCACAAAUGGGAGAUGAGCUCAUCUACUUCAAACAGGGCCACCAGGCUUAUGUCCGGGCAGUCCGCAGAGCCAAGGCCUACAGCAUUAACCCUCAGAAACAGCCGUGGAACAGACUCAACCUCAGGGACCAGGAAUCUGUGAAGGUGGUUGGAAUUAAAUAUGAAGUGGGACCUCCUACCCUCUGCUGCCUAAAACUGGCCUUCUUGGACCCAGUCUCAGGGAAGAUGACCAAUGAGUCUUUCUCCUUAAAGUACCAUGACAUGCCUGAUGUCAUAGAUUUUCUGGUACUGCAGCAGUUUUACAAUGAGGCUAAAGAGCACAACUGGCAGCCAGGUAUGAGGUUCCGCAGCAUCAUCGAUGAUGCCUGGUGGUUUGGCUCUGUGGAGGACCAGGAGCCUCUGCAGCCAGAGUAUCCAGAUAGCCUGUUUCAGUGCUAUGCAGUAAAGUGGGAUAAUGGUGAGCGGGAAAAGAUGAGUCCGUGGGACAUGGAGCCUAUUCCUGAAGAAGUUGCGUUGCCAGAACAUGUCGAUGAUGGAGUGGAGGUAUCCGAGGAGGAGCUAAAGGCUCUGCUAUACGUGCCUCAGGAAGGAGAAUGGGGGGCUCACACACGGGAUGAAGACUGUGAGAGAGUCAUCCAUGGGAUCGAUCAGCUUCUUACACUGGAUAUAGCCAAGGCAUUUGCAUCACCAGUAAAUCUGCAGGACUACCCUCUGUACUGCACUGUGGUGGCGUAUCCCACUGACCUCAGCACCAUCCACAAACGACUGGAGAACCGCUUCUACAGGCGGAUAUCUGCGUUAAUGUGGGAGGUGCGCUACAUUGAGCACAAUGCUCGCACUUUCAAUGAACCCCAGAGUCCCAUUGUAGCAGCUGCCAAGGUGGUGACUGACGUUCUCCUACACUACAUCGGGGACCAAAGUUGCACAGACAUCUUGGAUCUGUAUCACAAACUGAAGUCUGAGAUCAGCAGUGGAGGAGAAGCUGAGGCUGAGUUAGAUGUGGAUUCUGACACUCCAGGGACGUCAACAGGACAUCGGAGAGCCAGUGCAAAUUCUAAGAAGCGUGGUGUGGUUUUGGAUGUGAAAGCCUGGAGAGGUCAAUGCAGAGAGCUUCUGCAUCGAAUGAUUGUUUCCCCGGAUUCAGAGCCAUUCAGACAGCCUGUGGAUCUCUUUGAGUAUCCGGACUAUCGAGACAUCAUCGACACACCCAUGGAUCUGGGUACAGUGUCAGAGGCACUGGUAGUGGGGAAUUACGAAAACCCAGUGGAGUUCGCAAAAGACAUCCGCCUCAUUUUCAGCAACUCUAAAGCAUACACACCUAACAAGAAAUCGCAGAUCUACAGCAUGACCCUCAGCCUGUCUGCCUUCUUUGAAAAACACAUCAUCUCUAUCAUCUCCGACUACAAGUCUGCCAUUCAGAAUGAACGGCGGACUCGUCAGAGACUCAGCUACAGGACCAGAUUGCACAAUGGUGGCAGCUCCCCGCCUAUUAGUCUAUCCCCCAGCCCUAAAGGGAAGCACAAGUCAGGGAAGGUGUCAAAGCCAAAAAAAUCCCAGACCUCAACAAAGACUCGUUCUCAGAGACGAUAUGAAGCUCAGCACAGCAGCAGUGUAGCAGAGGAGGAGGACAUGCAGCCUUCUUCCCCAAGUUCAGGGACAAGCAGCGAGGACAGAAACCAAGGGCUGUAUCAGGUGACCCUCAGCCAGGCAACUCCAGUGAAGAAGUCAGGGCACCAGCGUAACUUGCGUCUAAGAAACAGCUCUGGGCGAGAGGCCGUGCAGGCUUACGAUGACGAGGAGGUGUCUGGAUCCAACAGCUCCUCGUCAGAGUCUUCCUCCACCUCAUCAUCCUCGUCUUCCUCAUCAUCAUCUGACAGCGAUAACAGCUCUGAUUCAGAGGCAGAGAACUACAUGGAAGGGGGAGAUCACGAUUACAGCAAAGCCCCCCGCCUGUCAGCACGCCUCUCAGCUGAAGGUAAGGUGGCGGCCUCAGGGAAAAGGAGACACAAAGGAGGAGAAGACACGGCACAGAGCCCUAAAAGAGCACGAGUGCAGCUGCCAGCGGAGGAGGAGGAGGAAGAGGAGGAGGAUGAGGAAGAAGAAGAGGAGGAAGAGGAAGAGCAGCAGCAGCAGCAGCAACAGCAACGUCAGGUGGAUCUAAGACAUGAAGAAGAUGAGGGAGAGGAGGAGGAUGACGAUGAAGAGGAGGAGCCAGAGGAGGAGGAGGAGCCUGAGGAGGAAGAUGAUGAUGAUGAUGAUGAUGAAGAUGAUGAUGAUGAUGGAGACAACUCUGAUGAGGUGCAGAGUGAGGCUGCAGCUGCAGCAGUAGUAGCUAGCAAUGCGAGAGGCAGCCAGUGCAAGACUCGGCGGGUCAACACACGCAACCAGGGACGCAGGACAGUUAUGUACAGGGACGACUCUGAGGAUGAUGGCCAUGGGUCAAAGGAAGACCCCCUCAACCUGGGCAUGUCCCGCUCAGGACGGGUACGUCGUAUGACUGAGAAAGCCCGUGUCAGCCACCUCAUGGGCUGGAGCCACUGACACGUCGCCCCUUUUUAAACCUCACAAAAUUAUUCUUACACGAGUACUGCAGGGAUUUUUUUCCUUUUCUUUUGUACAAGUGUGUAUAUAUAAUAUAUGAAUAUAUGAUUUUCUUUUUACCUGAGACUGCUUCUGACUCUCACACUGAUGGCUGGUGCUCAUGACGUUGCCAAGGAGUUUACAUCCCUGAUCGACAGAGCUACUGUUCAACAUGGAGCCUCUCCAAAUUGAUUAACUCACCUCUGCCUUACUGCUCGCUGGAGGAGCCUUUAAGAUGCCACACUGCUCUUCUCCUCCUCGUCCAGUUUAUUUCAUAUCCUGUAAUAAAACACUAUAUCUGUUCCUCUUUGUCCUCCCUUCGUCAACGUUUCUUACUCCUGUCACCAAAGAAAGAUGAAAGAAUGCCAAAAACAGUACACGUUUUACCUUUCUCUUUCUGUUGUUGGGUUUCCCCCAUGAGUAAUUCAGCAAAGCUCCCAUUCUAGUUGUGAUCACCAGUUCUCUCACUAGCACCAUUUGACAUGCUCAUUAUCAAUAAAGGUCACUGAUUUGAUACUUUUGUUUUUCUUCAAAAUCAUAAGCCUUAGUUUCCAACGCUCACAUCAUUCAGAUUUAUUCUGUCUGUGGCUGAAGGCAAGACCAGUAGACCAGUGUAAUCUGGAUACUAGCAAUACUGGGGACUCAGAGGGACUAUGCUCAGUAGAAUACAUGAACAUUAAAUGUUCUUCCUGCUUCCUUUUGCUUUUGUUGACUGUUUUAUGGUUCUUCAGUUCAGUUUUUAAGUUAGAAUUGGAUGCUUUUUGUUAAGGGUAUGUUUUU